AAAGUAAUGUCAAUUAGCGAGGCUGGUGUUCAGCAGACAAAGACAGACAGGCAAUUUAAUGCUUUUCCAGCAUUAUAAAAUUCUUUCUUUAUGCUCACAGUCUGGCCAAAGAUGGCGUCAGGUAAUUAUAGUAUAUCGAGCCAGCAAGUUGAAAAUUAUGCUUUGCUGUGAAGCUUCCAUCAGCAAACCGCCACAUUUGCAUGGAUGGCUACAGAACCUUUGGUCCUCCAGUGGCCACCUACUAGCUGAUACAGUAAAGACUGCUUACAGUCAUAAAAAAUUAAGAAGCCGAACACUUGUAUCACAUUGGAAAACCCAUUGUCAUUUGUUAUAGCUGAUAAAAUAAUCUGAAGGUUAUAGGCACAACUCUCAGAAGUUCAAAAUUUAAAACCCUCCACCCAUUUUUCCAGUAACGUCAUCCAGAAAUAACAAGUGUUUUCUGGUUUGCUCUGUACCUUUAAACAGUUUGCUAAAUGCAGUUGUAAACACCCUUCUAAACAGGAAGUUUUAAAUCUUGUGAUUCAGAGCGUUCUGCAACUCCAAAGAUUUCCUAAGUUCCUCUUCCUUCAAGCAGAAUCAUUUCCAAAGAGAUACAAGAAAUGGCAUCUUUCAACAAAUUAAAAAACUUCCUGAUGCUGGCAUUUGACUGGAUUCUGUAUGGUGCUGGUGCUGCAGAAUCCUGUCAUGUGACUGUAACACAACCCAGAUUUCAGGAAGCCAACUACUCCAUGCACACUGUGUUCCUAACAUGUGCUUUCUCUGCCUCUGGAUGCUCCUCGUCCCCACCUGAAGUGCUAUGGUUUCGUUUUUUAACUAACAAACACGAGGAUUUGUGUACUCCUGGAUGCACAGAUCAUCAGAAAUACCAAGUACAUUUCUCACCAGGAAAUAACAUUUCACUUCAGAUUAAUGAUCUGACUGUAGACGACAAUGCUGUUUAUAUCUGUGGAAUAGCAUUUUCAGAUUCAAGUUCACCCCAUUCUAAACAAGCAGGAGAUGGAACAGUACUAAUGAAAACAGGAGCAGAGCAGCAGCACAGCAAUGGAAAAGUCAUCAUGAUCAUAGCCUCAUCCUUACUGUUUCUGUACAGUACGACUGUAUUCACACUCUUUGUACUCUACAAGUUAAAACCAAAGCUGCUAAAGAAGAGUGGGAAUGAAGACCAGAGAACAGACAACUGUAAAAUCAGUAGCGGACGAAAAAUUUUUCAAGCAAUUGCCCAAGAACUUCAAAAGCAGAGGUACGCUGAACAUUGCCAACAGCCCGAUGAUCUGGAAGAUGACACUGUUUAUCAGAACAGAUGAGCAUGUGAGGCAGUUCAGAUUUGUUCAGUAUUUCUGAUGGAAGCAAAGAGGCAGAUGAAGAAGUUAAGCUUAUUCACACACUUCCUUUGCUUUAAAAACAUAGGAGAAAGCCUUGCAGGGCAGUGUUCCUCAAGAGUAUUUCCCAAACAGAUCACCAAAACCAAGUGUACUGCACAUUACAUCUAUGUUAUAUACUAUUCCCAUUUUCCAUUCUGCAAGAACUGUAGGAAAAUACUUAAUCUUUCAUAAGAUAACUGCUAAUGCUUCAUAAAAGUUUCCUUUUUCAGUUUAGAUUUACUUCUAUAUUUUUUUGCCUUUUUACAUAAAUUUACAUGUGUUCCUUUUACAUGAAUUGAGCAUUUGUGAAAGACGUAUGAUAAUUGAGAGCAACAGAAAAUAAACUUAUUUAAUAGGUGAAAUUCUGGUUUUAGUCACGUUAAUGUAAUAGUUAUUGAUGUAACAGAUACACAGAUCAACAAUUACAGAGUCUUAACAACAGCUUAAACAGAGCAAACCCUACGUGUUCUGUAGACAAGCAAACAGAAGAACUAGACAAUAUAAAUAGAUGUACUAUCGUGGUAAAGCUCAUUUAGAAUGGGAGCUUCUUCCCAGCCUAUUUAGGAAAGGGAAGUAGUGGUCAUAAUGAGAAAGUUGCUCCUGCAAUAUUAAAAUUCACGUGCUAAACAGACAACCCCCAGUCCUACUAUCCAAAGUCAGGAUUACCUGGACCACCAAGUUUUGUCUUAUCAUGCCUGCUCAAGACAGAUAGAAGC